GAGCAUAGGUGCAUCUUGCUCUGUAAUCUGUUAUUUCUGUAAUAUGAGUACCUUUGAUCCCCAGGCACCUUCUCCACCUCGCUGUGGGCCACAGUUUCCAAAUAUUGGCCAGGAACCUCCAGAAAUGAAUAUCUACUGCGAAAGUAUCUUCCAUCCACAGACUAUGCCAAGUCCUCAACGACCUUCAAACUUUGAAACCGGUGACUACAGCACCACAGCAAAUCCUUAUCUUUGGCUGAAUGGACAAUCUAUGACACCACCCCCAUACCUACCAGGAUCCAAUCCCAGCCCCUUCAUGCCUCAGUCAUAUGGGAUGCAAAGACAGCUCUUGCCUAACAUGCAUGGUUUGGGGGGUUCAGAAUUGGGGUGGCUUCCCAUUCCUUCUCAAGAAGAACUCAUGAAACUAGUAAGGCCACCAUAUUCCUACUCUGCUCUGAUAGCCAUGGCAAUUCACGGAGCACCAGAUAAAAGGCUAACGCUCAGCCAGAUCUACCAAUAUGUAGCAGAUAACUUUCCAUUCUACAACAAAAGCAAAGCUGGAUGGCAGAAUUCAAUUCGACACAAUCUCUCCCUUAACGAUUGCUUCAAGAAAGUUCCAAGGGAUGAAGAUGAUCCAGGAAAAGGAAAUUACUGGACAUUGGAUCCUAACUGUGAGAAGAUGUUUGACAAUGGUAACUUCCGCAGAAAGAGAAAAAGAAAGUCUGAUGUGAAUCCUAAUGGACAGCUAGGUUCUGACAAAUCUGAAGGCAGCCCACUGUCUGACAGCCAAAAGCACGAGGAGCAUCAAGGUUUAUUGGAAAGUUCAUCAGGAGCAGAUGACUCUGAAAAGAGAUCGUCUCCACCUACAAUAACACCAUGCUUAAAUAACUUUCUUACUAGCAUGACUGCUUAUGUUAACAGUGCAAAUUCAGUAAGUAGGUCUGUUCCACUUGGACUCGGCAAUGACACAUCAGAUAAAAUGGCACAAAAUAUGGUUGGUUUCAAUUCAUAUUCUCCCCUGUCAAACCUACAAAGCCAUGGUGGGUCAGACUGGCCUUCUACAGUAUCAUCAAAUCCUUUUGGGUACAGCAGCUCUGUUCUUAAUCAGUUCAAUACCCAUUUCUACAAUAGUAUCAGUACAAAUACAUCACUUUACAACAGAGACGGCACAGAAGUAUAAAUAUCAACUUUAACACUGUAAUGUUCUAGUUUAAAUACAACUGUACACCUUCCUGGUACAUAAAUGGUUAAUCUAUUUUCUCCAGGAUAGGAAACAUUUUUGCUACAAGUAUAUUGUGUGAAUGAGGAAUAAGUUAUAACUCGAUCUCUUCUGAUUUCUUGUGGCAUUUUGUGACCUAAAUGUAACUGUAAAAAUAUAUUACGGAGGCCACGGCUAGAAUUAUUCUGUUCUACAAUGUAAUAUUUUUUGGAAAGUAUAGAAAUGUUACAUAUGUUUUGCAAGUUAGCAAAGCAAAUUUGUAUUAAUAUUAAACAGAUUGUAAAAUAAAUUGAUAUUUUGCUUUAUGAAUAUAAAUUUUCUUAGGAACAGCGCUUUUUAGAAAUUGACUAUGUAUUUAUAAGUGUUUACUAUUUUUAAACUGUUAUGCAUUAUGGGGUGUAAAAACUUGUGGGGCUUGCACACAUAUUUUCCAUAACUUGCUGAGUAUUUUGUAUAUGUUACAGCUGAAUUCACUGUGAGGGUAAACUGUGGGGUUUUUUUUUAAUAAAAGACAGAAAGAA